CAAUAAAUAAACACCAUAGAGGAAGAAGAAGAACAAGGAAGCAGCAGAGAAGCGUUUGUUUUUGUGUUUGUCUUCAAUAAAGAUCCUGUCCUCGGGUCUUUAUGUCGUUGUGUCUUUAGCUGUCAGUCUGUGAAUGUACCGAUGUCGGCUUCAGUGUAGGAGACACUGAUAGAUAGACCUCAACCACAGUCUUUAGAGGAAGAAGAGGAAGAAGAGGAAGAAUGGCAGACGAAGCUCCUUUCCAGUUUCUACACAACGAAGUGAUUCAGUACAUUUACAAGUCAGCUGACAACGGAGAGACGGAGAGUGGAAGAAAUAUCGCCAAACUGGAGAAUAUGGGCUUCAGAGUCGGUCAGGGUCUAAUAGAGAGACUAACAAAAGACACGGCACGGUUCAAAGACGAGCUGGACAUCAUGAAGUUCGUCUGUAAAGACUUCUGGACCUGCGUGUUCAAGAAGCAAAUUGACAACCUUCGAACCAAUCACCAGGGCAUCUACGUUCUCCAGGACAACAAGUUCCGAUUACUGAGUCAGCUGUCGGCUGGGAAACAGUAUCUGGAACAAGCCCCAAAGUAUCUGGCGUUCACCUGUGGUCUGGUGAGAGGAGCUCUGUCCAACCUGGGAGUGAAGAGUAUCGUGACCGCCGAGGUGUCCAUCAUGCCUGCGUGUAAAUUCCAGAUCAUGAUCCAGAAAUCCAGCAACUAGCUGAGGCCACACUCCCUCUGCAUUCUUCUGCCUUCAUAUAUCCUUGAGAUUUUUCUGUCAUUGAAGGGAAAUGCCGCCCAUCUUCAUCAGUAAAACAUACUUCUCUCUGCACUUUAGAUUACAGUUACAAUUACAAUUCAAAAGUUUGUCUAGACUUCCAACGUCCAGAGCCCCAUUUUCUGUUAACAGUCUUUAGAGGAAGAGUGUAUCCUGCUGACAUCGAUAUCAUAAGUGGACAAACCCUUUCCAAUGCCAUAAUGAUUAUUUCUGAGGAUGA